UUGCCGUCUGAUACGACUGAAGUCAUUUCUUUAGCUGUGAGUAAACCAGGGGAGGAGUUCACGUUACGAUCAGUCAUGGCGGCUUCCACUGGUCGCUGAGAAUCCUAUAGAAGAAAACCCAUAUGUAUGAAGUCUGGAGCCGGAGGAGGGCUGGGGCCACAGAUUCGUUCACUUUCUUUCGCUGUUCAGUGGCUGUAGCUUGAAAAACCUAUGAAGAAAAAUGGCUGAUAUUAGCCCAAAGGAAAUUGGAAUUUUAUCAUGUGUCGUGUUUAUAUGUUACUGGAACAGCCUGUAUUGUGGUUUUGUCUUCGAUGAUGUCUCAGCAAUUUUGGACAAUAAAGAUUUGCAUCCCUCAACACCCAUAAAAAAACUAUUUCAAAAUGAUUUCUGGGGGACGCCAAUGUCUGAGGAAAGAAGCCAUAAGUCCUACCGCCCCCUUACAGUCUUAACGUUUCGCUUGAACUACUUAUUUAGCGAGCUGAAUGCUGUUUCCUAUCACUUUCUGAAUAUGGUUCUGCAUGCUGUGGUGAGCCUGAUUUUUCUCAAAGUCUGCAAACUUUUCUUGGAUUCAAGAACCAGCCUGAUAGCUGCGUUGUUGUUUGCUGUGCAUCCAAUACACACUGAGGCAGUUACUGGGGUGGUUGGAAGAGCCGAACUUCUCUCCUCUAUAUUCCUUUUAGCAGCAUUCCUCUCCUAUACCAAAUCUAAGGGACCAGACAAUUCAAUUGUUUGGACUCCGAUUGCUGUUGCUGUAUUUCUGGUUGCGGUUGCAACCCUGUGUAAAGAGCAGGGAAUUACUGUUGUGGGGAUUUGUUGUUUCUAUGAAGUAUUCAUUGCUCAAGGGUACACGUUUCCGGUGUUAUGGGAUACAAUGAUACGGAUCCUUAUAGGUAAAGGUAGCAUUCCGUACUCUAUGCUUCAGACAUUAUUAAAGCUCAUUGUGUUGAUGUUCAGCACCCUGCUUCUUGUGGUCAUUCGGGUUCAGGUCAUCCAGUCCCAACUUCCAGUUUUUACCAGGUUUGAUAACCCUGCAGCUGUCAGCUCCACACCUGCAAGACAAUUAACAUUUAAUUACCUGCUCCCUGUGAAUGCCUGGCUUCUCCUUAAUCCAUCAGAGCUCUGCUGUGAUUGGACCAUGGGAACGAUUCCUUUGGUGGAGUCUGUUCUUGACACCCGGAACUUGGCUACCUUGGUAUUCUUUGGUGUUUUGGGAUACCUGGUUAUGUUCAGCAUCAGAUAUCAUGGUGAUUCGUCAAAAACUGUGCUUAUGGCUCUUAGUCUGAUCGUAUUGCCUUUUAUACCUGCAUCAAAUCUGUUCUUCCCUGUUGGCUUUGUUGUUGCGGAAAGAGUGCUUUAUGUCCCUAGCAUGGGGUUCUGCAUACUUGUUGCACAUGGCUGGAAGAAAUUAUCAUGCAAAAGCAAGUUGAAAAAACUUUCUUGGAUAUUUUUGGCGCUUGUGCUGUUCACUCAUGCCAUGAAAACAUUCAACAGGAACUGGGACUGGGAGUCAGAAUACACUCUGUUUAUGUCUGCUUUGAAGGUAAACAAAAAUAAUGCAAAACUGUGGAAUAAUGUGGGCCAUGCUUUAGAGAAUGAGAAGAAUUAUGCCAAAGCACUAAGGUUUUUCAAGCAGGCUACCCAAGUGCAACCAGAUGAUAUUGGAGCACAUAUGAAUGUUGGAAGAACCUAUAAAAACCUGAACAGAAGCAAAGAGGCAGAGGAAUCAUAUUUAAUUGCAAAAGCGCUUAUGCCACAGGUUAUACCAGGAAAGAAAUAUGCAGCCCGAGUAGCCCCUAACCACCUCAAUGUGUACAUAAACCUUGCAAACUUGAUUCGGGCAAACGAAUCUCGCCUGGAGGAAGCAGAUCAGUUGUACAGACAAGCGAUAAGCAUGCGGCCAGAUUUCAAACAAGCUUAUAUCAGUAGGGGAGAAUUACUCUUAAAAAUGAACAAGCCUUUAGAAGCUAAAGAUGCCUAUAUGAAAGCCCUGGAGCUAGAUGGAAUGAAUGCAGAUCUGUGGUACAACCUAGCAAUAGUUUAUAUUGAAUUGAAAGAUCCACAGGAAGCUCUGAAAAACUUUAACCAAGCACUUGAAUUAAAUCGGAAGCAUAAGCUUGCUUUGUUCAACUCUGCCUUACUUAUGCAGGAAUCAGGCAAUGUCCGACUGAGACCAGAGGCCAAGAAAAGACUCCUGACCUAUGUUGAGGAAGAACCGCAUGAUGCAAAUGGUUAUUUUAAUUUGGGCAUGCUGGCUAUGGAUGAAAAAAAAGAUUUUGAAGCUGAAACAUGGAUGAAAAAAGCUAUACAUUUACAGCCAGGUUUCCGUAGUGCCCUCUUCAAUCUGGCCCUCUUGUAUUCUCAGACUGCAAGGGAACUGGAGGCCUUACCUGUUCUGAAUGAGUUACUGCGUUACUACCCAGACCACACGAAAGGCCUGAUACUAAAAGGAGACAUCCUUAUGAAUCAAAAGAAAGACAUUAAAGGUGCAAAGAAAUGCUUUGAAAAAAUAUUAGAAAUGGAUCCUAAUAAUGUGCAAGGAAAACAUAAUCUCUGUGUGGUCUAUUUUGAGGAGCGAGAUUUGUUGAAAGCUGAACGGUGCCUUGUGGAGACAUUGGCAUUAGCCCCACAUGAGGAAUACAUUCAACGCCAUCUUAAUAUUGUGCGCAGUAAAAUCCUGUCCCUUAAUGCUGCUGGACAGCCUAUUCUUCCAGUGGCUGAAGAGUCACCCACACAAGAACAACAUGGAAAAGAGAUUGAAGAAGAAAAAAAAACUCAGUCUGACAAAGUAAGCAAAGAAAAAAAUAUACCAAAAACAACUACAUCCACAAAAAAGAAAAACAAAGGGCCAACGAAAUCUAAAAACCAACAGAAAAAUUCCGAGGAAGAAAUAAAGAAAAAAUCAACAAAAGAAAUAAAAGACAUUGAAACUAAAAGAGUUGCUGCACUGAAACGAUUAGAAGAAAUUGAACGUAUAUUAAGUGGCGACUGAUCUAUAAGACGAUAUUUCAGACUUGGAUAGUGUUUUUAUAUUAUGCUCACUAGAGUACUGGGUUCCUUGGUUUUAAAACUUGAAAUGAGUUGAAGAGCGAAGUUGGUGGCUGCUGAAUGAUGUCUGGAUUUCGGAACCAUUUGUGUGCUCCAUAUUAUUUAUACACUAUUUAUAUCUUGAACAUGCAUCUUAUUUUUGUUUUCCACUUUAUUAUUCCUAAAUUCAAUUUUUUAUCAUUAAUAUUUCACCCAUCAUCUUAAAGUUUGCCCCUUUUUGAAGGGAAAUUACCUUAACAAUAACCCACUGUGAGCUCUAAGUGUUCAAUAAAACAUUUUUUUCUUCUAUUAUAGUUUGAUAUAUCUGGUUUAGUAAUGUGUUCUCAGAAUCCAGUACUGCAUGAAUAAAACUAUCUGAACUGCUGUAAA